AUGGAUACUGAAUUAAAUGAAAGUGUGCAAGUCGAUGACACCAAAAAGGAAAUUAAAAAGAGAAAAAAACGAAAAAACAAAAUUAUAAUAAAUGUUAAAAAAAAAGUUCCUAAAAAAAUUAUAACUAUAAAUGAAAAUGUGAUCAGUGAUGCUACAGAAAUAGAAAAUUCGGUAAAUAAGGAAAUUUUGGACAUUAGUAAAGAUAGUACAAUUGACGUUAGCAGAAAUAGUACACUUAAUGUUAGUAGAAGCAGCACAAUUAACGCUAGUCGAAGCAGUACAAUCAACGCUAGUAGAAGUAGUACAAUUGAUAUUCCUCAAACUAGUAUAUCCAGUAAUAAAACAAAUAAUAAAAUGAACACUAAAAAAGGUAAUCGUACCCCUAAGGAUAAUCAAAUUGCCAAUUUUUUUGGAAAGGAAUACAACACUAAAGAGAUAAUGCGAUGCCAAAUAUCCGACUUCCUUCUAAAACGAUGA